AUGUCAGAAGCAGUGAUGCCAAUAGCAGUGAUGUCAAUAGCAGUGAUGUCAGAAGCAGUGAUGCCAGUAGAAGUGAUGCCAAUAGCAGUGAUGUCAGAAGCAGUGAUGCCAGAAGCAGUGAUGUCAGAAGCAGUGAUACCAAUAGCAGUGAUGCCAAUAGCAGUGAUGUCAGAAGCAGUGAUGCCAGAAGCAGUGAUGUCAAUAGCAGUGAUGUCAGAAGCAGUGAUGCCAAUAACAGUGAUGUUAGAAGCAGUGAUGCCAGAAGCAGUGAUGCCAAUAACAGUGAUGUUAGAAGCAGUGAUGCCAGAAGCAGUGAAGUCAAUAGCAGUGAUGUCAGAAGUAAUGAUGUCAAUAACAGUGAUGUCCGAAGCAGUGAUGCCAAUAGCAGUGAUGCCAGAAGCAGUGAUGUCAAUAGCAGUGAUGUCCGAAGCAGUGAUGCCAAUAGCAGUGAUGUCACAAGCAGUGAUGCCAAUUGCAGUGAUGCCAGCAACAGUGAUGCCAGAAGCAGUGAUGUCAGAAGCAGUGAUGCCAAUAGAAGUGAUGCCAAUAGCAGUGAUGUCAGAAGCAGUGAUGUCAGAAGCAGUGAUGUCAAUAACAGUGAUGUCCGAAGCAGUGAUGCCAAUAGCAGUGAUGCCAGAAGCAGUGAUGUCAAUAGCAGUGAUGUCCGAAGCAGUGAUGCCAAUAGCAGUGAUGUCACAAGCAGUGAUGCCAAUUCCAGUGAUGUCAGCAACAGUGAUGCCAGAAGCAGUGAUGUCAGAAGCAGUGAUGCCAAUAGCAGUGAUGCCAAUAGCAGUGAUGCCAGAAGCAGUGAUGUCAAUAGCAGUGCUGUCCGAAGCAGUAAUGCCAAUAGCAGUGAUGUCAAUAGCAGUGAUGUCAGAAGCAGUGAUGCCAAUAGCAGUGAUGCCAAUUGCAGUGAUGUCAGAAGCAGUGAUGCCAGAAGCAGUGAUGCCAGAAGCAGUGAUGUCAGAAGCAGUGAUGCCAAUAGCAGUGAUGCUAAUAGCAGUGAUGUCAGAAGCAGUGAUGCCAGAAGCAGCGAUGUCAGAAGCAGUGAUGUCAAUAGCAGUGAUGUCAGAAGCAGUGAUGCCAAUAACAGUGAUGUUAGAAGCAGUGAUGCCAGAAGCAGUGAAGUCAAUAGCAGUGAUGUCCGAAGCAUUGAUGCCAAUAGCAGUGAUGCCAGAAGCAGUGAUGUCAAUAGCAGUGAUGUCCGAAGCAGUGAUGCCAAUAGCAGUGAUGUCACAAGCAGUGAUGCCAAUUGCAGUGAUGUCAGCAACAGUGAUGCCAGAAGCAGUGAUGUCAGAAGCAGUGAUGCCAAUAGAAUUGAUGCCAAUAGCAGUGAUGUCAGAAGCAGUGAUGUCAGAAGCAGUGAUGUCAAUAGCAGUGAUGUCAGAAGCAGUGAUGUCAAUAGCAGUGAUGUCAGAAGAAAUGAUGUCAAUAACAGUGAUGUCCGAAGCAGUGAUGCCAAUAGCAGUGAUGCCAGAAGCAGUGAUGUCAAUAGCAGUGAUGUCCGAAGCAGUGAUGCCAAUAGCAGUGAUGUCACAAGCAGCGAUGCCAAUUGCAGUGAUGUCAGCAACAGUGAUGCCAGAAGCAGUGAUGUCAGAAGCAGUGAUGCCAAUAGCAGUGAUGCCAAUAGCAGUGAUGUCAGAAGCAGUGAUGCCAAUAGCAGUGAUGCCAGUAGCAGUAAUGUCAGAAGCAGUGAUGUCAGAAGCAGUUGAUGCCAAUAGCAGUGAUGCCAAUAGCAAUGAUGCCAGCAACAGUGAUGCCAGAAGCAGUAAUUUCAGAAGCAGUGAUGUCAGGAGCAGUGAUGUCAAUAGCAGUAAUGUCAGCAGCAGUGAUGCCAAUAGCAGUGAUGCCAAUAGCAGUGAUGUCAGGAGCAGUGAUGUCAAUAGCAGUGAUGUCAGAAGCAGUGAUGCCAAUAACAGUGAAUUUAGAAGCAGUGAUGCCUGA